AAACCAAUCGCUCCAGGCGGUGGCCCAAGGAGAAUGGAAAGACCAUUCCAUUGUGGUGAGUAUUUUACCGUACUUGUUGGUGGGAUUGAAGCUAACAUUUACAACAACAGGCUUAUUGUUCGGGGAACAAUCUAAUCAUUUUAUCAGAGAAUAUGAGUUAUUUGCAGACGAUAUACCUCGAUUCAGAUGCUCAUGCGGUAGAUAUCAAUCAUUAUAAUGGAAACAUCGCUGUUGCUAUUGGGAGUCAAGUUAGCAUAUACGAACCAAUGAGUGAAUUCAUGAAAAUACCCAGAUGGCAGUAUGCAACCAAACUAAUUGAUCCAAACAAUAGUUCCCUUGUCAAUACAUUGAAUUGGGGUAUACAGGAAGAAUUGAUUGUUGGAUCAGACUAUUUAACAUUAUGGAAUAUUAGAAGAGAGUUUGGGGAGAUACAUACCUCGAUCCUUUGGUCAAUGAUUCAAUCAUCUCCAGUGUUCAUAGCAAAGAUUUCACAGGAUUCUUCAUUAAUAGCUAGUUGUGGAAAAUAUGACAAACUAUUGAAGAUUUGGGAUAGAAUUUCAUUUGGUGAAUCUUCCUUAUUUGAUCUAACCUACCUUUUGCAUCCAAGCUCUAUCACCAAUCUUAGGUGGAAAAGACAUGAUUACAACAAUCUGCCCAAGAAUGAUGAGUACACCAACACGCUUUACUCUUUGGGCAGAGACUCUGUUUUGAGAAUUUGGUCAAGCUACAAUUAUGAAAAGAAACACAUAAUACAGCAUUGGGGGUCCUUAGAUCUUUAUGAAGAAACAUGCAAGAGGAAAGGUAGAAGAUUUGUCAAUAUUGUGGAUGAUUAUUUGGUCACACAUGCACUUAGAACAGCAUUAGGAAAACUUUAUAGCCAGGAGCUGAUUGAGAUUCAAAAAAGACAACCUGAUUUGGCAAUUGUUGCUGAUGAAAAUGCCAAUAUUUCAGUAUUUGCAAUUGAAAACUUGUCACAAAAUCCCCCAAAAUUGAUAAAUAUAACCAAACUUAAAAGUUUGAAAUUCUAUCCAAAGGCUUUUGUUUCAAACCCUCAAUAUAUCAAUUUUGCAGAGACAAUAAUGGACCCUAACGGUAACUUAUCCGUUGUGAUUCAUGAUUUGAAUGGUGUUAUAAGACAUACUAUAAUAAAUUUAAGCUUUUUAGUUGACAAUGGAACAGAAAAGGACGUCGGAAUGUUAGCUCAUAAAUUAACAGGUCAUAAAAAGUCAAUUCGUGAAAUUGUUAGAACAAUUGACGGUGAAGCAAUGCUUACAAAGAGUAGGUUCAAUGAAAAUGCUAUAUGGAUUCCUCAACCCCUAAGAGAUAGUGUUACUUUAGCUAAGAAAUCCAUUGUGGAAACUCCUGCACCUAUUUUGAAAGCUGCUAUAUUAGAAAAAGGUAACCUUUUGAUUUCUUUCUGUGGAAGCGCACUUGUCUUAUGGGAUACCAGUGUCAAAAUUGCUCAACAGUUAGACUCAAUAGAGACACAUACCGAUGAAGAGCCUCUAUGUUUCACAAGUAUUCCAUUGAAGAAGCAUGACCAUUCAAAACAUUUUGUUGCUGCUAUAUAUAAGCAUGAAUCAAAAGCCUGGAUCAUCAAAGGUACUAAACUUGCUGAAACUAAGAUCCAGAAUUUACCGCUUGACGAAGAACAAGUUCAUAUUAUUGCCUCUAUAGACCCAGUUGGUAGCACAUAUGAAAAUGAUCGCCCAGUUUUAUCAACAAUAACAAAAGAUGGUCUUUUACAAUGCUAUUCUACUGAAAUAGAAAAUGAUGAAAUUAAAUGGAUUGAACGCGACAGCUUGGACUCUGGAAUUGCUAAUGCGUCGUAUAUCAGGGGGUCCUCUAUUGCAAAAUUCGCCAUUGUGGAUGAAACUCGAAAGAAAUUCACAAUUUGGGAUUUGAAAAGAAAUGUUUUGGAAUAUGAAGAAAUCGUGGAAAGUGAGAUUCAAGAUAUUGAUUGGACAAGCACUGAAAAUAAGCAAAGUAUUUUAGCAAUUGGGUUUGAAGAUUUUUCUCUUUUGUAUACACAAUUGAGAUAUGAUUACACAAAUAAAAACCCUCCUUUCCAAGUCAUUAGAGAGAUUGAUAUCAAAAAUUAUACCACGCAUAAGAUUGGUGAUUCCAUCUGGUUGAAAGAUGGUACUCUAGUUAUUGGUACAGGUAAUCAGAUCUUUGUUGCAGAUAAAAAAUUGGAUCUGACAAAUGAUAAGUUCACCAAAAAGUCGUUAGGUUCAAGAAACAUUGUUUCAAAUGAUAUAAUGAGUUUAUGUUCAGUGUUAAAUGGUCCGCUCCCAUUAUUUCAUCCUCAAAUUUUGAUUCAAGCUCUUUUCAAUGAGAAGAUAGAAAUUGUUAAAGAGAUCCUUUUGAGAUUGUUUUUGAAAAUAAGAGAAUUCGAAAUUGAUGAUAAGCCAAUAAAUGAACUAGGAUCUACUUUAGGAUUUGAUGUUACCAAAUUUUUUGACAGUCAUUAUGUGAAGGAUACGACAUUUGAAGAACCGUAUACGGAGUUUAAUCAGACCGUUGCAGAAGGGUUAAAAGAGAAGUUAACAAAUCAUUCAUUACCUUAUCUAACAAGACAUCAGCAAAUUACAUUAGUUAGCACAAUUGAAGCCGUUGAAGAUAUUGAUAAGAAUAAAUUAAGCCUUGAUAGCAAUGGACUUAGAUUUGCUCUUGGUGUCAAACUGUUUCAACUACAUCGUGGCAUACAAGAAAGGCUAACAAUGAGAGAUAUCAACUGGGCAAUGCAUAGUGAAAACAAAGAGCUUUUAUUGCAAUUGAUUGAAAACUCCAUCAAGAAUAGAAGAAUAACAUGGAGUGUUGCUCGAGAAUAUGGUAUGACAUAUUGGCUAAAAUUUGAUGAUUUGGUGAAAACGUUUGAAGUUAUUGCAAGAAAUGAGUUCAGUACUGAUGAUAAAAGAGAUCCAAUCAAUUGUUCUAUUUAUUAUCUUGCUUUGAAGAAGAAACAAAUUCUGUUAGCAUUAUGGAGAACUUCAGUUGGUCAUCCUGAACAACAGAAGAUGAUGAGUUUCCUCAAGAAUGAUUUCAAAGAAAAGAGAUGGAGAUCUGCAGCAUUGAAGAAUGCGUUUGUUCUUUUAAGUAAACAUAGAUAUUUACUGGCUUCUUGCUUUUUCCUCUUGGGUGAUAGUUUAAAAGAUGCAGUGAACGUUUUAAUCAAGCAAGUUAAAGACACUGAUUUAGCGAUUGGUGUUUGCAGAGUUUAUGAAGGGGAUAAUGGUCCAGUUUUGCAAGAUAUGUUGAAGAAGUACAUGUUAUCAGAAGCAGUUUCUUUAGGUGAUAGAUGGACCACCAGUUUUGUGUUUUGGAAAAGUAAACAACAGUCAAGAGCUAUUCAAGCAUUGGUAAAAUCUCCAAUAGAUAUUAUUGAUGAAAAUGAAAAGAAAGAUAUAGUGAUUACUGAAAAAUCAAAGUCAUUUAUUGAAGAUGAUCCAUUAUUGGUUAUCCUAUAUCAAAAUCUAAGAGAAAAAAAUUUGAAUUAUUUCCAUGGAUCAUUGAAAAUUACUCCAAGUACAGAAUCUGAAUUCAUAUUGAGAGUUGCUUCAAUUUAUAUGAGAAUGGGAUGUGAUUAUUUAUCUGUAUCUUUAUUAAAAAACUGGAAAUUUCUCAAGUCAGAAGAUUUCAAAAAGGGGCAAAGUUUCACAUCACUCAAGUCAGCUCUUAAUGGGUAUAAUGAUGUUUCCAAUUCUUCUACUGCUUCCAAGAACCCUGGAAGCAUUUUGGAGAAAUAUGGAUUAUCACCAUCCGCCAGAAGAAGAAGCAGUUUCAUGUCAAGUUAUCAAGAUGAAGGACACAAAGAUAUUCCGUCGCACUUCUCUAAGGGUGAUGGUGGUAAUGGUGUUGGGUUAAGCUUGUUGGAGAAAUAUGGAUUGGCUUCCAACAGUAAAGAUAAAAAAGAGAUUAAUGAAGAUGAAGAAAAGAAAAAGGACCAUUUUUUUUCAUAUGAAGUACUUAUGCAGAUUGUGACAAAUAACAACGAACAGCUAAAACCAAUAACAGCUGAUAGUACAUAUAUUGAUAAUAAUGCAAUAUUCAAGAUUUUUGAAAAUGUAGAGUUCGAAUCCAGGCCUAUAACGCUUAAAAUGGGUAUGAACCCAUUAGACAGCACAGAAUACUUUGAUAUACCCGAACUUUGGUAAAACUGGUCUUGAGUACCAAUAUUGAUGUUGAGGUAACUCAACAAAUCAUAGGCCAUGAAUAUGAUGAGUGAUGGUAAUAAUAUUGGUAUAGAUUCCUUGAUGAAAAACUUUGUUCGGUGAAGUAGCUUUCUCAUGUUGAUAAAUAUCUAUAGUGGAUUCUGAAAGAUCUGGAGUAUAGUAACGGUCAGCCUGGGGUUUAAAGCUCGAAUAGAGAAAUAUGUUAUGCUUGAAGUAUUGAGCUUGAAUAUUGUGAUGAUUGUAUGGUAAAUGGUAAAAAGUCUUGAAGGUUCUUCAGUGAAAUAUAAGUUGUUGAAACCAAUUUCAGUUUAAAAGGGCAAAUUUGCUACUUCUCCAGCUUCUCGCGUAAAGUAUUGACGAUGACACCAACGAUUAAACCGACACCUCCAAAUUAGAUGAUUCCUCGAGGGAACUGGUUGCAAAGUUAUAUCUUUAUCACCAAGUCAUCUUUAAAGCAAUACAAAUCACUUUCAACUCUCG